AACUGCGCCUUCCGUGUUCUUUCAACUGGACGUGGAACUCCCAGGGCCUACACUGAAUGGCCACAACAAAAGAACCUCCACAAACACUCCGCUGCCCAUCUGGGGCCGGGUCCCGACACAGCACUCCAGCAUGGAACCUGUGACGCCGAACAAAUGCUCGCCCUCCGAUUUGCCUUUUCCAUGAAAUAACGAUGACAAUGACCGCCGAACUGCUCCAUCACCACACAUCACAUUUUAAACCCUUGAGGCCGUUGCAGAUAGCUUGCUGACGUCAUGCGGCGGGCACCGACCCCGGCCCGGGAAUCAUCGUCUCUCGACAUUCCGCAUCCUCCUUAUCUGUUCCCAACAUCGCUCAGCUCCUUAAGGCUGUCCAACCAACCAGAGGGCGGUGUCAGCAACCUAUACGGCAGCUCGCAAUGGGAUAGACGCGACCCCAGAACGUCGUCAGCCCAGUCGCUGGUACCCUCGGCUGAGGAAACCGAGGGCCACAUCCGAAAACGGAAACUCCUUGUUGUCUACAUCCACGGCUUUAUGGGCAACGACUCUUCCUUCCGCUCGUUCCCAGCCCAUGUGCACAACUUUCUAAAGACCCUUCUCGGUGAGACUCAUGUGAUCCAUACCAAGAUCUACCCCCGGUACAAGACGUACAAGUCGAUCGACGUCGCCUGCGAGAACUUUAGCAAGUGGUUGGCGCCCCAUGAAUCGCCCACGACCGACGUGGUCCUGGUGGGCCACUCUAUGGGCGGCCUGCUGGCUGCAGAUGUAGUUCUGCUGCCGAGCCAGAGCCCAUGGGACGCAUCAACCCCCUUCCGCCACCGUAUCCUGGGCACCGUUUCUCUCGACGCUCCACUACUUGGACUUCACCCGGGCGUUGUGGUUUCCGGCAUUGCCAGCCUCUUUCGGCCCGCCCAAAGCCCGCCGUUGAUAUGUGAGGACUCGCAGAGUGAGCACGCAGAGGCCAGCCAAUCUCAGACACCCUCUACUAGACCCUCUUCCUGUUCCGAGAUGCUGCCCUCGGACGAGGCGUCUUCACCCCAUUUUGGCUCAUCGCCUGCUCCCCAGGACCCGUACUUCAACCCACCAUUUCCCAAUGACGUUGCGUUCGUGGACCGCGGAUGGUUCAAGAAUAUCAUCCACUUUGCAGCCAAACACAAGGAGGAAAACCUAGCGUAUGCCGCCGCCAAUCACAUCAUGUCUCACCUUGAAUUUGCCGCAUGUCUAGCCGACUUUGCCGGGCUGAAGUCAAGGUACAACAGGCUCAGGGCACUGGAGGAUGUCGAUAACUGGAACCAGCCCGGUGCCGUGCGCGUCCGCUUCGCUAAUUACUACACUGUCUCGACCGGAAUGAUCAAAAAGUCGAGGACGCCCUCGCCGUGUGGUUCACCGAGGAGACCAGAUGGAUGCGAGGUAAGGCGGCCUUCAUUGCGGGACGCCGGCUCGCUAGCCUCGGACCAACAGAUAUUAUCCGAAGAUGUUGAUGUUAAGCCUCCGAGAAUAUCGAUCGAGGAAUAUAGCGACGGAUCUGGGAGCGAUAGCCUUCGAGUUCUCGAUCCCAUGCCGGAGCCUGAAUCCGGGCCAGUUCACGAGCCUGGGAGUAAGUCUCUUGCGAGCUCUGAGAUCUCCAGACCGCCCUCCCGACACGAGAAAGAAACACAAGAAGGAGGGAAAGCCUCCGACGCCAAAGACGACAACCUCCUUUCGGUGGAAGACGAGCCCAUCGGCGGAGACACAACGUUCUCCCCUAUCCCCGCGGUUCCCUCCCCACCAGAAGUGCCUAGUCUAGACGCCCUUCCCGACAAGGAGUCCCGCAAGCGAGCUGAAAAGGCCUACAAAGCCGCGCUAAAAGCCUACGCCCAGGCCGUUAAGAAGCGCGACAGGGCCCUCGAGGUACGCCAGAAGGCGCUCGACAAGCGGCAGCGCAAGGCCCUCAAGGAGGCCAAGAAGAUGGAAAAGGAACAAGCGAAACUGCUUUGCAAGUCGCCAUCCACCAAGGACGAAGAGCAGGGGGAAGGAACCAAGGUAGAGGAACGGACGGGCAAGGAGAAACCACCCCGUCGCAGGAAAUUUUGCAUGCUCCCGCCCAAGUCGUCAGACGGCACCGUCGACCCGACCUGGGUGGAGGUGUACAUGGAGGGCGUCGACGAGGUGGGCGCGCACUGCGGCCUCUUCUUGCCCGGGCGUCAUUACGAGCCCCUAGUGGGGGACGUUGGGGAGCGGAUUGCCGCUUGGGUUCGGGAGGAAGAAUCGAGGAGAGUUGUGGUGGGGCAGGCAGGUUCGGAGGUCUAGGCAUGGCUGGCUGGCGGAAUGGAAUCACUGGAAGGAAGGCUUGUUGGGUUUGGGGCGCGGUUGGUGUGGCAAGUCUGGAUGAGGGAGAGGGGGCGUUUGUGAUCAUGAAUAUCCAACUCGCUAGCCCUACCUAACCAACAAACCGGAGCGCUGUUUGUAUCACCCAGGGCCUUGGAUGAGAGAACUCGCUUUCAUGGCAAAAAAUGGCCCGCUAAGGUGAGGUCAGAGAGUGGACAUGGCAUUGAACCGUUAGAGGGGGUUCAAGUCGCCGCCUUUUCCCGAAU